AUGUCCGAAGUACCCAUUGUGCUUGACGGCGGAACCGGCUUCCUUAAGGCAGGCUACGCAGGCCAGCCCUUGUCUCAGAACUUCCCCGAUCACCAGUACCCGUCCAUUGUCGGCCGCCCAAUCCUGCGAACGGAAGAGCGCGAUGGCGGAGACAUCCAGCUCAAGGACAUCAUGUGCGGAGACGAGGCGGCGGCGGCGCGCUCUAUGCUCCAAAUCACCUACCCCAUGGAGAACGGUAUCGUCAAGCGCUGGGAUGACAUGCAACACCUCUGGGACUACACAUUCCUCGAGAAGAUGAAACUAGACCCCACCGGACGCAAGAUCCUGCUCACCGAACCGCCCAUGAACCCUCUGAAGAACCGAGAGACAAUGUGCGAGGUCAUGUUCGAGCGCUAUGGCUUUGGAGGCGUGUACGUGGCUAUUCAGGCUGUAUUGGCAUUGUACGCGCAGGGCUUGUCGUCGGGUGUGGUAGUCGACUCAGGAGAUGGUGUCACACAUAUUGUCCCUGUCUACGAGAGCACUGUUCUCAACCACCUUACGCGCCGCCUUGACGUUGCUGGGCGCGACGUCACACGCAACCUCAUUGCGCUACUGCUACGAAGAGGAUACGCACUCAACCGAACCGCCGAUUUUGAGACUGUCCGCCAGAUUAAAGAAAAGCUAUGUUACGUAUCGUACGACCUCGAGCUCGACCAGCGCCUCAGCGAAGACACAACGGUACUCGUUGAGUCGUACACCCUUCCAGAUGGUCGGGUCAUCCGAGUAGGCAGUGAGCGUUUCGAAGCACCCGAGUGUCUGUUCCAGCCGCAUCUUGUGGACGUUGAGCAGCCUGGUAUCGCCGAGUUCUUGUUCAACACAAUCCAAUCCGCCGAGGUCGAUGUCAGGAGCAGUCUGUACAAGGCGAUUGUGUUGAGUGGUGGAAGCAGCAUGUAUCCAGGUCUUCCCAGUCGGUUGGAGAAGGAACUGAAGCAGCUGUGGCUCACCAGGAUAUUGGGCGGAAACCCAGAGCGAUUAAACAAAUUCAAAGUCCGCAUCGAAGAUCCACCACGGCGACGCCACAUGGUCUUCCUUGGUGGGGCUGUGCUCGCAAACAUCAUGGCCGACAAGGAGGACAUGUGGAUAUCAAAGGCGGAAUGGGAGGAGCAGGGUUCACGAGCCUUGGAGAAGUUGGGUGCGAGAUGA